CGCCGCGGACCAGCGCGCUGGCUGGCUGGCUGGCUGGCGGGUGUGCGUGCGGCCCGGCAGGAGAGCGCGGAGCGGGCUGCGCGAGGCCCGAGGGCCAUGGCUGCGUCUCCCGGCCCUGCCGGCGUUGCGGGCGCUCGAGCAGCCCGCGGCUCCAGCCCGUCGGGCUUCGCCUUCGACUCGGGACUCGAGAUCAAAACCCGCUCGGUGGAGCAGACGCUGCUCCCGCUGGUUUCCCAGAUUACCACACUUAUUAAUCAUAAAGAUAAUACCAAAAAAUCGGAUAAAACUCUGCAAGCAAUUCAGCGUGUGGGGAAAGCUGUCAAUUUGGCUGUUGGAAGAUUUGUAAAAGUAGGAGAAGCUAUAGCCAAUGAAAACUGGGAUCUGAAAGAAGAAAUAAAUAUUGCCUGUAUUGAAGCUAAACAAGCAGGAGAAACAAUUGCGGCGCUCACAGAUGUAACCGGCUUGAAUCACCCGGAAGUUGAUGGCCAGAUCACAGUUUUUACAGACAAAACCGGAGUCAUAAAGGCGGCAAGAUUACUUCUGUCCUCAGUGACAAAGGUGUUGCUGCUGGCUGACCGAGUAGUGAUCAAGCAGAUAAUAACGUCAAGAAAUAAGGUUCUUGCAACUAUGGAAAGACUAGAGAAAGUGACUAGCUUUCAAGAGUUUGUCCAAAUAUUCAGUCAGUUUGGAAAUGAAAUGGUGGAGUUUGCACAUCUAACCGGAGAUAGACAAAAUGAUUUGAAAGAUGAAAAGAAAAAAGCAAAAAUGGCGGCAGCCCGGGCAGUGCUUGAAAAGUGUACGAUGAUGCUUCUCACAGCGUCCAAGACGUGUCUCAGGCACCCUAACUGUGACUCAGCCCAUAAAAACAAAGAAGGAGUGUUUAACCGCAUGAAAGUGGCGCUGGAUAAGGUCAUUGAAAUUGUGACUGACUGUAAGCCACACGGAGAGACUGACAUUUCAUCUACCAGUAUUUUUCAUGCAAUUAAAGAAUUCAAGGUGAAUAUUGAAGCUCUUCGGGAGAAUCCUUAUUUGCAGUCCAAAGAGAACUUCUCUGCGACAUUGGAAGUCAUCUUGGAGCAGACGGAGGACUUCACUGACUGUGCCUACACCAGCCAUGAACACAGAGAACGCAUCUUGGAGCUGUGCGGCCAGGCGCGGGUGGAACUGCAGCAGCUCCUGUCUGUGUGGAUGCAGGCUCAAAGCAAGAAAACCAAAAGCAUCGCUGAGGAACUGGAGCUCACUAUUUUGAAAAUCAGUCAUAGUCUCAAUGAACUUAAGAAGGAACUCCAUAGCACAGCAAUGCAGCUGGCCACAGAGCUCUUAAAAUAUCAUGCAGACCACGUGGUUCUAAAAGCGUUAAAACUUAAUGGAGUAGAAGGCAAUUUAGAAGCUUUGGCUGAAUAUGCCUGUAAACUUUCUGAACAGAAGGAUCAGCUGGUUGAGACUUGUCGGUUGCUGAGACAUGUAUCUGGGACGGAACCUCUUGAGAUAACUUGUAUUCAUGCCGAAGAGACAUUUCAGGUGACUGGCCAACAGAUAAUUUCUGCUGCUGAAACACUGACAUUGCAUCCGUCUAGUAAAAUUGCUAAAGAAAACCUGGAUGUAUUUUGUGAAGCUUGGGAGUCUCAAAUUAGUGACAUGUCUACACUGCUGAGAGAGAUUAGUGAUGUGUUUGAAGGAAGACGAGGAGAGAAGUAUGGCUACCUUUCACUGCCAAAGCCAAUGAAGAACAACGUAAACAAGUCACUGAAGCCGGACAAGCCUGACUCUGAGGAGCAAGCCAAGAUAGCAAAGCUUGGACUGAAGCUGGGCUUGCUUACUUCUGAUGCCGACUGUGAGCUCGAGAAGUGGGAAGAUCAGGAGAAUGAGAUUGUCCGACACGGACGGAACAUGUCCCGGCUGGCCUAUUCUCUGUAUUUAUUUACCAGGGGAGAGGGGCCGCUGAAAACUUCCCAGGAUUUAAUUCAUCACCUAGAGGCUUUUGCUGCAGAAGGAUUAAAGCUUACUUCAAGUGUGCAAGUCUUUUCCAAACAGCUGAAAGAUGAUGACAAGCUUAUGCUUCUCCUGGAAAUAAACAAGCUAAUUCCUCUAUGCCACCAGCUCCAGACAGUAACUAAAACAUCUUUGCAGAAUAAAGUAUUUCUAAAGGUUGAUAAGUGUAUUACAAAGACACGCUCUAUGAUGGCACUGUUGGUCCAGCUGCUCUCACUUUGUUAUAAGCUGCUGAAGAAGCUGCAGAUGGAAAAUAGCAGAUGGGUCUCAGUUACAAAUAAAGACUCCACGGACAAUAAAACCUGAGCAGCCCUGGGCCAGACCUCUGGAACAUCGCGGCAAAACUGGCGUUUUAAAGAAGCAAGCAAUAAUUUUAUAUUUGCAGAAACUUAACCAUUUUAUGAGGAAAACACACUGCUUAACUUUCUGAUCUUCAGAAUGUGACGCUGUCAACUAAUAAAUGCCAUGGUAGUUGCUAGAAUUCUAAUUGCAGUGUGAUUUUAAAAUGGAACAUUGCACUAAUGAUAUUCUGUAAAAGAUAAACCAAAUAUCUCAACUGUCUUAAUGACAACUGCAUCCAAAGAAGCUAUUUUGAAUGUGCUCAACUGUGGCAUAUUGUACCUGAACUAUUUUAUUUAAGCUUAUCAUUCAGAAAACUAAUUUCAGCAGAAAACAUAGUUUGAAUGAAUACAGGGUUUUUCUUAAACCUGUGGACUUUCCUCAGUCCCUCUGCCCACAUGUGACAGGAGCUCCUCAGAGCCCAUUACUGGCCAUCCAUACUAGUACCAGGUUGUUUUCUAGCGAACAUUUUAGGUAUGGUGAGGUUGCUGGUGAGGCUCUGAGUGUCACUAAUCUCCCAUCCAAAGUGAGGUAAUGGAACCAAGGUAACUCCUGGAUAAGAAAAGAUGGCUAGCUGUGGUUUUAAUUCUUCAGUAGCUGGCCCUGAGUACUAGAAUCCUAAGCGUUUUUUUACUGGUUUAAACACUUGUGAACUUGCCUCAUUGAUGGAUUGAAUGGCAAAUAAAGACAGAAUGUUGACACCAAUGAGCUGUUUAAAUCUGGAUAUAUUUUAUAUUUGUGGCAUUGGAAUGUUCAUUAUAAAUCAAAUAAAUACCUUUAGUCUUUUACA